AUGCCCGCCGCUUGGAGCUCUCAGCUAGUUGAAGAGCUGCUCUUCCGGCAGUACAUCAAGGGCGAGGAUGUGUCCACGCUGCUUCCUCCCCCGCCGACUUUGGCGGCCGACCAGUACAUGGAAAAGUACGAGCAGAGCACCAAGAUGUUGUCUUCAUACGUUCGGAACGGGCCGGCGGCGACGCUGUCGUCUCAGAAUGUCAACACGGCGUCAAGGAUUUACGGUGCCACGCCGGUAAAAGGGCAGACAUCGUUUUCCCGGGCGGCAAACGCGGCCCCAGCCGCGGCAGGCCCUGCUGCGGAUCCCAGGACGCAGGUGAACCGUACCCCCAACGGGAAGGAGCGUCCCUCACCGGUGGUGGACUCACCGAUUCCGGCCCCACCCAACGCCGCGACACGGCAGGGGAACGCCCCCGCGCCUGCCCAAGCGAGGAAGAACCGGGUGGAGUGGCCCGCCUCUGUGCCCACCAACGCGUCUCUCAAGAGUUCAAGCCGCUCAAAAGUGGCGCAUUUGACGGCAAGGCGUGUGGCGGCGCAAGAAACGGUGGAUCCGGAUCUUAUCUUCGCCCAGAACCCCGGAGAGCUUCCUUUACAUGCCAUAUUUGCGAAGUUUCCCAAGGCCCUCGAUACCCUUGCGGCUAUUCGUGGCGCCAGUGGGGACUGGCGGAACGACACUUUUUCUACAGAAGAAGAAAAUCAAUACAAACGUGACUUGGGCUUUGUGCAUGUGGGACCAAGCCAGUGCGCCUUCAGUAGAUCGAAUCUCUUACACAAGUAA